GUGAUAAUGUCGAUCAGAUAAUUGUUAUGCAUGAUCUGAGAGAAACGAAACGUUCUGGUAGAGUAGCUGACACAGAACUAACAGCUUUAACAAUAGCUUGUUUGAAACAAGAUGUCAAACUCGUUGAAAAAUUAAUACAGAAAGGUGCAGAUGUUGAUUUGGUUGCCAGUGUAGAUCGCCUUAGAAAUUACUAUUACUGUGGACCUAUAUAUUGUGCUGCAGCCAACUAUAGCUAUGACGUUGAAAUUGUGAAACUUCUCAUAGAUGCAUUGCGUGAUAAAACGAAAGUUUUGGGAGUGGACAUUACCAGAUUCCAAGGAUUCCGACAGUGUGGCAGACAUGGAAUUAUUGGCCCAAUUCCACGGCAUUUUCAAUAUUCUUCAUGCUUUUUUGGUCCUGAAAUGUUUUUAAAAGUACUUGAACAGUAUUUAAAUGCUGGCGUUAAACUUAACACUACAUCCUGGGGACCAUGUCUCUUUUUAGGGAGGGGUAAAGUUAAUACGAAAGUAUCAUAUCCUUCUGGAAUUUAUGAACCGUGGUUUUUUUGUACUGCUGCAAUAAUGCUAUUGCAACAUGGUGUGGAUCCAAACUUGUAUAAGAUUGAUAAUGUUUUACGUCAAAGAUGUAAACUCUACGAUCAUAUUAUUUAUCGUUUCGUUCGAAAUAUGUAUAGCUGUAUUGAUAAACAGACAUUUAUAACAACAUUUUUGGCUGCUGGGUAUGAUCUAACCGUAUCUGAUAUGAACUGCUUUGGAGAAGAUUUUCGUAAAAGUGACAUUGACCUUAAAAUAAUGAACGAUUUUGGAAGACCGCAAGGUUUAAAGCACCUUGCUCGAACAAUAAUUCGGGAACACAUCAGAUCCGUUAAUAUGGACACAUCUGUAUUUCCUGUAAUAGACAAGUUAAAACUUCCUACGAUUCUUAAAGAUUUUUUAAAACUAUAUGACGUUAGUCCUGCGAUGUGACAUCAAUGAUUUGCUAUAAAGACAGACCCCAGAAUCAUUGACACUAUCCAUGCACACCAAAUCUGAUUUGUACCAUUUUGUAUUAUUAUAAUUUACCAAAUUUGGCUAUGAGUAAGAAAUGAUACUCAAUUCAUUUCAUUAUUCUUCAUUACUCAUCAAACCUGACAUAUUUUUAAAAAUGUGUAUGCAAUGUAGAUUGUUUUAGAUAAAUUUUGUACUUUU